AUGUCUACCAGUGCAUCGGGCCAAAACGACAACGAAGGCCACAGACCACCCACACCUUUCCGCCAAAUCAGAGCACGGUUCGACGAGGAAAGCAUUACGGUUUACCAGGCCUAUAAUUCGGCCAUCGCCGCAGCAGCCGUGGAGGCCCAGAGGCUCGACGCGUCGCCGGGCUUCAAAGUCACCCGGAUGACAUGGAUCAAGCCAAGCUGGGCCUGGAUGAUGUAUCGCGCGGGGUACUCGUUCAAGGAUCCGGGUCGGGAACGUAUCUUGGCGCUCAAGAUGAGGCACGGCGACUUUGUCGAUUUGCUUCGAAAGGGUGUUGUAGCUCGUCGUGGAAACGAGAGCAGGGACGGUCGCGGAGUCAGGAUUCAAUGGGACCCUGAGCGGGACGUGCGCCUAGGGAGACUGCAGCGCCGCAGCAUACAGAUCGGCACCCCCCCCCGAUAUCUGGAGCUGAAGAGGGUUUUGGAAGAGCGGCCCGGCGUCGGUGACGGAGAACUGAUCGAUCUGGGACUGCUCCCAGCGGAGAAGGAAUUUGAGGUGCCGAAGGACGUGGAAGAGCUCCUCGAGAUGAACCUGUCCGAGAGACCAUAUGACUAA